AUGGCAGCACAGGAGGCACAUGAAGCGCCCCCAGCGGCAGCAGAGGUUCUCAAAGUCCCCCUCGAGGCACCCACGCCCGAGAGUACGCCCGAGCCCCGUCCAGAACUCACACCCGACCAGCAGACCAAGUACACGACGUUGCUAGAACGCGUGAGGUCCAUCAGCGAGGUCAAGUGCACGUCCAAGAACAAGCAAGACAAGUCGGGGCCGACGACGGAGCACGAGCGCGCGUGGCUCACCCGCGAGUGCAUCCUGCGCUACCUCCGCGCGACCAACUGGGCGGUGGGCGAGUCGGAGCAGCGGCUGCGCGAGACGCUCGCCUGGCGGCGCGAGUACGGGCUCGACGCCUUCACGGCCGACUACAUCUCGCCGGAGCAGGAGACGGGCAAGCAAAUCAUUGUCGGGUUCGACAAGCACGCGCGGCCGUGCCAGUACCUCAACCCGGGGCGGCAGAACACCGACCCCAGCCCGCGCCAGAUCCACCACCUCUUCUACAUGGUCGAGCGCGUCGUCGACAUGAUGCCCCCCGGCGUCGAGAAGCUCAAUCUCAUGAUCAACUUCAAGCCCAGCGCGCAGAGGCAGAAUACGAGCGUGCCCGUGUCGACGGCUAGGGAGGUGCUGCAUAUUUUGCAGAGCCACUACCCGGAGCGGUUGGGCAAGGCGCUCAUUAUCAACGUCCCCUGGAUCGUGCGUGGCUUCUUCAAACUCAUCCAGCCGUUUAUGCACCCGGUGACGCGCGAGAAGCUCAAAUUCAACGAGGACAUGAGGCAGUUCGUGCCGGCGACGCAGCUAUGGAGCUCCGACUGGAACGGCGACUUGGACUUUGAGUACGACCACGCUGUCUACUGGCCUGCCCUGAACGACAUGUGUCGGCGGAGGCGGGAGGAGAGGCUGGCCAGGUGGAAGGCCGCCGGCAGCCUGGUCGGCGAGUCGGAGGACUACCUUGCCGGCGGGACUGACGUGAGCGUCGGCGGCUUCAAGUACACGGGCGACGUGGAUGUUGUGCAGGAGAAGAUGGCGGCUGCGACGUUGGAAGACGGGGGAGCAUAUCCGGUUGCCGCCGCGUAG